CCCUCCCGCCGGCCGCGCGGCGUCUCUAGCCAGUGCGCUGGGCUGUAAGCUCCUGGUCGUCCGCGGCAGCAUGGCCCAGACUGUGCAGCUAGCUCCGGGCUCCCUGGCGCUGGUGCUGUGCCGGCUGGAGGCGCAGAAGGCAGCGGGGGGCGAGGAGGAGCGCAGCGGGCGCGCGGUGUUUCGCGCCUUUCGCCGCGCCAACGCGCGCUGCUUCUGGAAUGCGCGGCUGGCGCGCGCCGCCUCGCGGCUGGCCUUCCAGGGCUGGCUGCGGCGAGGGGUGCUGCUGGUGCAAGCGUCCCCCGCCUGUCUGCAGGUGCUGCGGGACGCCUGGCGGUGCCGGGCGCUGCGCCCGCCGCGCGGCUUCCGCAUCAGGGCGGUGGGUGAUGUCUUUCCAGUGCAAAUGAAUCCAAUAGCUCAAUCUCAGUUUGUACCUUUGGCUGACAUUCUUUGCUGUGCUAUAUCUGAUAUGAAUGUGGCUCAGACUGUAGUAACACAGGAAUCGCUUUUGGAGCAUCUGAUGAAACAUUACCCAGGGAUUGCAAUUCCAUCUCAAGAUAUUCUCUAUGCUACUUUGGGAACUCUGAUUAGAGAAAGGAAGAUUUAUCACACCGGAGAAGGAUACUUCAUAGUUACACCUCGGACUUACUUCAUUACAAACACGACCAUCCAGGAGAAUAAGAGAGUCUUCCUAUCAGAUGCAAGUCACCCAAUGCCAACUUCCAAGUCAUAUCUAGUGAGCAUGGAGAGCUGUGCAGAGUCAACCCAAGAGAUUGCUGUCCCCAUUUCCCAUUGUCAGUCUUGCCAGUGUCACCCUGAUGUGUGCACUCAGAAUGUUCAGGAACCACCAACGGCUGCAGAAGUGACUAGGAAAGGCCAGAAACAUCUUGGGGAAGUCAAGCGUUGGGCACAGAAUGGGGCACUUUCAGUGACUGAGGAGCUUCAUGUUUGUGAGAGCACCAAACCUUUACCAUACACAAGGGACAGAGAAAAAGGCAAGAAGUUUGGUUUUAGUUUCUUGUGGCGCAGCAUAUCCAGAAAGGAGAGACCCAAAACAGAACACAGCAUUUUCUCUGCUCAGUUCCCCCCGGAAGAAUGGCCUGUGCGAGAUGAGGAUAACUUGGACAAUAUCCCGCGAGAUGUUGAGCACGAGAUAAUCAAACGAAUUAACCCCAUUCUGACUGUUGACAACUUAACUAAACACACUGUCCUAAUGCAAAAGUAUGAAGAACAGAAAAAAUAUAACAGCCAGGGCACUUCCACUGAUAAGCUGACAAUCAGGCAUAACUAUCCUUCUAAAGAGGGAGUUAAGAAAAGGCAGGGUUGGUCUGCAAAGCCUCGAGGGCGGAGCCGUUCUUCUAGGGAUAGACACAAAGCUAGGAAUCAGGGAAGUGAGCUUCAGCCAGGAAUUAGUAGACUGCAGAAACAUCCCCAGCUCCCUACUACACAGCCGACCCCUAAAACUAAAAGCCCCAAUGAAGCAGUAGUUCAGAAGCCACUUGGUGAGAAUCUCGCAGUGCUGGGUUCCCAUUUGAUUUACAAAAAGCGAAUCAGUAAUCCUUUCCAGGGUUUAUCUCACCGAAGAAGCCUGAUAAUCAAAGGACACAACAUUCAGAAGACUAGUGAUCUAAAACCCAGUCAGCCUGGACCAAAGGAAAUGCCUUUCCAAAGGUCAAGGUCUUUGGAUUCCUCAAGGAUCUUUGAUGGCGAAGCCAAACAGCCAUAUGCUGAACAAUGUAAUGACAAACUUAAAGUAGAAUCCAUUUUUAUGAAUAACUCUACUGUCAAACCCAUCAGCCAUGACUUCAGAGAUCAUCUUUUAAAUCACCCUCAAUGCAGUGUUUUGCAAAAUAAUGGUAAGUGCUGUGCCUUUAGGGAAAGCAUGUUGAGAUAUGACAUGUGUGAUGGAGAAAACAAGAUAAUCUCCGAAGUCUUGAGGAAAAGUCAUUCCUACUUUGAGAAAUUAGGAGAGACCAAAGAAACACUGCAUAUCCCGCCAUCACGAGGCUCUUGCUCUUUAGACCAGACAUCCUCUGCUUGUAGAUUUGUUGAUAAGACAAUACACCAGUUUCAAAAUCUUAGCCUUUUGGACUACCCAGUUGAUGUGAACCAUUUAAGACAACCUGACAGACAAGACGGAGACUCAGAAGAAAUAAUGAGAAAGGAAUUUGUCCAGGAUGUGAAGACAGAGAACCUAACAAAUGAAGGUCUUUCUGAUGAAGACCAGGCCUGGUAUCAGAAUGAAGUGGAAGACGAUGACGGUGCCUGCAGUUCAUUAUAUCUAGAAGAGGAUGACUUUUCUGAGAACGAUGACUUACAUCAAAUGCUGCCUGGCCACAUUCAGUAUUCCUUUAUAGCUGAAAGCAAGGGGAAUUAUUUAGGAAAACAAAAAGUGACUGAGAACUCUCUGACAGAGUACAGUAGCAAAACGGAUAGGUUUGAGCCUCAGGUGCUUAAAAGAAAUGAAUGUUACAAACCUUCUAGCUCACUGGCUAACCUUGGGGAAGGCAAAAAGCCUAAUUUUUCUGCUGAAAGCUGUGGCCCAAAUUCAGGGACCCAGUUUUGUUUUAACUACGAAGAAGAACCCAGUGUUGCUAAAUGUGUCCAGGGCUCAGAAGCUGCAGAGGGAAGUAUAUUUGAUUACCACAGCACAAGAAAAGCCAGUUCUGAAGUGGAAACCCCACAAGACUCAGUUGGUGACACAGAAAAGAAGCCCGUUAGCUGGAGUCAGAGUCCUCAGAAUCAGGAAAUGAGAAAACAUUUCCCGCAAAAGUUGGAACUUUUCAAUACUUCACACAUGUCAGUGUUGGCUCAGGAUAACCAACACCUACGCAGUCACUUGGAAGGAACGGAAAAUCAUAGCAUGGCAGGGGAUAGUGGAAUAGAUUCUCCACGGACACAGAGUCUGGCAUCCAAUAAUUCAGUCAUUCUGGAUGGACUACAAAGAAGACAGAAUUUUGUGCAGAGCUUCGAAGGCACAAAGAGCAGUCAUAUACUCACAUCCAAUUCCUUACUGCAACUAACACCAGUCAUAAAUGUUUAAUUAUCUAUUGAAAACUUUUU